AUGGAUACGUCAGAUUACAAUGAUAAAAUACAAGACCUUUUAUCGGAUGAAAGUACAUAUAAACAAGUGAAGACCGACCCCACAACAAAAACAUUGAAAUCAACUAGUGAUUUGAUAAAAAAGUACUCCGAAACAUUGAAUCUAGACGUAAAAUACCUAGUUCCUAGCUGCGCAAAACCACCAAAGCUGUAUGGGCUACCGAAGAUACACAAACCUAAUGCUCCGCUACGACCAAUAGUCAGCCAAAUCGACUCACCAACCUACAGAUUGGCUCAACAUCUGGCUAAAGUACUUUCACCAUUGAGAGGAAACACAGCAGCAUAUGUAAAGGACUCGUACCAUUUUGUCAGUGAAAUAAAAUACCUACAACUAGCUGACAAUGAAACUAUGGUCAGUUUUGAUGUUCAGUCAUUGUUUACAUGCUUACCUGUUGAAGACUGCAUCAAGAUUGUGUCUAAGAAACUAGCAGAGAAUAACAUGCCUACUGAAUAUGCUGAACUGUUAAAACAUUGCCUAACAUCUGGCUAUUUACUGUGGAAUAAUCACUUCUACACGCAAGUGGAUGGUGUAGCAAUGGGCUCCCCAGUAUCUCCCAUUGUUGCUGAUAUCUUCAUGGAGGAUUUUGAGGAGCGAGCCCUGCAAUCUGCACCCCGUGGGAUCUGCGAUGAACAACACCUGGGUGCUGAGCUUCAACAUGUCAAGCAAGUACUGCACGACAACAAGCUCCGAGUACCGCGCCCUCGUCGCAGAACCCGCGUGAAACCAGCCACAGUUGAGCGUCUACCUGCUGUUCUUCCAUACAUAAGAGGAGUCACAGACAAGAUUGGCUACAUCUUGAAGCGAGCUUCAAUCAAAACCUACUUCAAGCCGCUGAAGAAGAUCAGUCAAUUCUUACCACCUGUCAAGUGUCACAUACCUCUACAAGAUGCGGGUGUAUACAAGCUUGAAUGUGAUUGUGGUCUCUCUUACAUAGGCCAAACUAAAAGAAGCAUAGGGACCCGCGUAAAAGAACACAUCGCCGAUGUCAAACACCGCCGUUCCAGACAGUCAGCAGUUUGUGAACACACACUAGACAAGGCCCAGCAUUACAUCAGAUUUGAUAAACCACAAGUCCUUGCAAGAGAAAACCGAUUCCUACCUAGGAUGAUUCGCGAGGCUAUUGAAAUUAAAAAACAUCCAAAUUUCAAUAGAGAAGAUGGCUGGUGCAUACCACCUGCUUGGAAUCCCAUCAUAGAAACUAUUAAAUCAAAAUCCAAGCCUACAACUGCUCGACCUAUGGAUACAGUGAGCUCG